CAAAAUGGCUGCGCCCAGUGAUCAAGAAAAGGAAAAACUAUUAAACACACAAUUUCGUGUUAAAAAGAAUGUUAAGACAUUAAACGAUCCAACGUUUGUAAUUUACUUCAGUGGAUUUAUGGAUCUGUUUGCUGUCAGUAUGAUCAUCAUGCUGAUUCUACCACGCUGUAAAGAGCUCGGUGCUUCACCAACACUCACAGGAAUAAUCGGAUCUGCUUACGGAGCAGUACAGUUAUUUUCGGGUCCUAUAAUAGGAAAAUGGAGUGAUAUGGCAGGAAGACGACUAAGUUUAUGGGUGUGUCUUAUCCUGUCGGCGACCGGGUACAUUAUGCUGGGAAUGGCAACAUCACUGCUCCUACUAUUCGUGGCCAGAAUUCCAACAGGAAUCUUCAAACACAGUCAGAGCAUCUCCAAGUCGUAUCUGGCCGAUAUCUUACCGACAGACAAGCAAGCUGCAGCGCUCGGUCGUUUCAAUGCGAUGUCUAGUAUUGGUUUCAUCGUCGGCCCAAUUGUCGGAGGUCACAUUGCAGAGUGGAGUAAUGGCUUCUCUGUCGUAGCCUACCUGACAGGGUUUUUAUUUACUCUUAACAGCGUGAUAGUUUGGCUGUUUAUCCAUGACUUAAAGAAACCCAAACAUGAAGAAGGUGAAACAACAGAAGAACUAGUGCAUUCUAAAAAAAAUCCUGCCACCAGUGAAGUCAGCUUCAGCUUAUGGCAUUUCUUGAAAUCCAUUAAAGAGAUCGACUGGCGAAACCUGUGGGAUGUCUUUCUCGUUAAAUUUUUCCUAGGAUUUGCUAUGAUCGUCUACAGAGCAAAUUUCGUUUUGAUGACCCAAGACAAAUUUCAGACGACGCCAAAAAUGAACGGAUAUUUAAUAUCGUACACAGGCAUUGUUGCUGCUUUGUCGGGAUUUUUCGUAGGUCGAAUUACUAAAUUUUACUCAAGUCACGCAAGAUUACUUUUUCACAUGUCAGUUCUUCAGGCGCUUACGUUAGCGUCUUUAAUACUUGUGCCGUCGGUGUGGACUCUGUUUUUGUGUCUGACACCUCUGAGCUUUAUAACCAGUGUUUCGCGAGUUUCUGGGACAAGUUUGACUAUCCAGCGAGGUGGUCAUGAAAAUGUAGGGGAGCUCAUUGGGUUGAGUCAGAGUCUGAUGGCUUUUGCACGCAUGUUAUCUCCCUUUGUUGGUGGGGUGGCACUAGAAUUCUCUAUAAAUGGCCCCACCGUUGUAGCCGUGAUAUCAUCUACUAUUGCUGUGCUUAUUAUGGUAUUACAUGGUCACUACAGAUAGAAUUUCUUUGUGGUUCCAGGGCAGUAUUUUGAGGGAGUGAAUGUUGGGGUGAAGGUGGUGAUUAGUUCUGCAAAGAUAAUCCGGUAUAUUGGUAUACUGCAAUGUUUGGCAUGAUUUCGACCCGUACCUGCUUUUCAAUGGUUCGGGUAGUUUUAGGGAUAGGGUUAGGGUUUGAUAUAGAGGGGUACGGGUCAAACCCUUUCCCAGUGUUUCAUCAAAUCGAUAUGAACCGUGGUGCACAUUUGCAUAUCAUGAUCUUUAUGUUAUUUAUUUCCUUGUACUGUACAUGACCGAAAAUGGAUCCAUGUCUUUGAAUAAGGUCCUCACUCUUUAGGAUGUUAGAAAUUAGGCCUUUACUCAUAAAUAAGCCCCCUUCCCCACCAUCACAAUAAACAAAAAUGAAUACCAGUAUGCUAAAAGUUCAUAAAAAAAAAGAGAGUCAAACGUAUUGUAUGAAAAACAUUGUAAAAUAACUACAAACUCAAAUGUGGCAAGGUGAAGUUAACUCAAGUGAGAUUAGUUGUCUAACAGGGUUCAAAAACUAAAACUUAAAAGCAUUGUCUAUUUCCCAAGCUGUUAUAAUAAUUGAGGUCAAUCAGUUUAAAGGAGACAUUUUAAUACUAAAGUCAGAAAAUUUCAUUGGUAUGGUGGAAAGAAUAUCAAUGCAGUUUCCCCUCUUUGCACAAUUAGCUAAAAAAAAAAAAAAAAAAAAAACCUCUUGUGCAUUCUCAGUAUGAUUCUGGCAACAUUGGUACCCUGAGAAUGUAAAUUUAGUACAGCGGGGACAUACUAACAGCACAGAGGGCAGCAUUGAAUCCAGAAGUAGUAAACACCCUGUUUUCCUUGAAGAAAAUACAUGUACAUAUAUGGAUUUAGCAUCUCAACUAACUUAGACACAAAGUUCAUUAAAAUGUUUAUUCAUUCUGCUUUCAUUUGAAACAGAAAUUUUAAUAUUAAAUAAUAUCAAUUAUAUUGCAAUACGUCUUUGCUGUAUCAUUAUACAUUGCAAUACGGAUUUCACCAUAUCAUUGGACCCGUAAUGGCUGUAAAAUGUGAAACAUGUCCGUUUUAGUUACUUUUACUAUUUUUUAGUUAUGUCUACAACCCUAUACUUAUAAUCCAUUGCAUCGUAGUAGAGAUAAUACAUAUAGUCAUAAACAAUGGUAUUGGAAAUGGAUCAGUUUCAUUGGACUUUUACAAAACUACAUAAUCCAAUCAUGAUUCCUGUAACAUAUUUUGUGACCAUUUUACACAUUCAUCUGUCAUCUGUGCCAAGGCAUAGAUAUAGCAGAGGUACAGAAUAGUAAAUAAACAGAGCCCAAGGAGUGUUUUAAAGUGGAGUGGGGUGGGGGCGCACUGUCAGUGUGAUGAAAAUUUGAGGGCCUGAACCUGUUGCAGGGUAGGUGGGUUGGGGGGGGGGGUGAUUUUAGGUGUUAAAAGCUUCGGAGCACAAUAACAGGGAAAAGUGGGGUAGCCACGGCCUCCACUGUCUCGCAGCCUGUGAUAAACUUCGAGAUUAGUGUGUAUGUGUGCAUUUCAUUUUUGUUGUGCCUGCUAGAAGUUUAUUUUAAAUAAAUAAAAUUGUAAUAUUUAAUUUUAUUCUUUGGAUUGUGUAGCAUUGUAGCAAGAUGCUUUCUAACAUGAAGUGAGAUUUAGCUCAGUUAGUAGAGCACUUGUUUGUUUGUAAGAAAUAUAAUUUGUUGGGUUCUGAAAUUUAUGGAUGGGAAAGGUACAUACAUUUGUGUUAUAUUUAUGCAAGUAUUAUAUUUUCAUUGUUCCUAAAAUUGUUGACUACACUAGUCCAUGGAUUACGACCACCAUGAAACAGAAUGUGAUGUCAUAGUAUUACUAGAAACUAUGUGAGAUUAAUUUUUAUACAUUUAUUGUUUUAUCAUUACUUUCUGUAGUUUUUAUGGUUUUCCUAAAUUAUAGUUUUCCACUUAAAGCAAAUAUAUUUUAUAAGAAUAUUUGAAAGAGAUUAUUUAUACAUGUAUUUAUUUAUUUAUUGUUUAUUUUUUUAAGAUGAGUAUUUAAUAUAAAUGCAUGAAUUAAAUUUAAUUUAGUAAUUCACUUAAAGAGUUUUUCUUGAUUAUACAGGUACCGUCAGAAACUAUUUUUUGAUAUAUAUUUAUUUUUA